AUGAGCCCCGAGCCAAUCAACAUAGACUCUGGGCAGAAGAUGGAGCUGGUGACCAACGAUGAGUCGUCACAAGCCCUGAGGACGCCCGUGGACACCCAGAAGGAAGGGGCCGUGCCCUCCGCGCUGGGCCGCCACGUCGGCCUGCUGACCCUGCUGUGGCGCGACAUGGAGGAGGCGACCCGGAAGUACUCCCAGCAGUGCGUGACCCUCCUGCUGCAGCUCACCGUCCUGCAGAGGGGGAGGAUGGCGGCGUCCAUGCGUCUCAGUAAACUGAAGCAAAGUGAAAUUCGGGCGAGCAGAGACUGGGAGGUGAAACUCUACAGCGCCGUGAAGGCCUUCGAGCGGGACCUGACCGUGGCCCAGCACACGCAGCUGGUACUGACGCUGCUGCCCGGCCUGUGCAGCCACAGCCGCCUGAGCUGCGACCUGGCCUCCAAGCUCCUCCUGCUGAUGUUUGAGGAGCCGGGCCUCAAGCCGGAGCAGGUGGCGGAGGUCCUGAACAACCUGUUCCAGCAGCUGCCCCACAUCCCGCUGCCACACGUGCAGCAGGACGCGAUGAAGGCCGUGACGGUUCUGGGCACCCAGCACCCACAGGAGACGGUCGAGGUGGUGCUAUCCCUGUGCCACCCCUCGGAGAGGAGGACCUUGCCCCUGUGGCAGGCCCUGGCCGCCAACCACCAGCUGGCCUGCAAGGUCAUAACUCUGCUCUACAUGAAACUUAAGUUGCGCCCCCCCAGGGGGCUCACCCGACCCAGCCCCCAGACCCAGCUCAUCUCCCUGCUGGCCCUGGGCACCAUCUAUGAGCUCCUGUACACCCAGGAGUACAGGCGAACCAUCCACUGGGCCUUCGCGGGCAUCCUCCUGGGGCUGCUCACCCAGCUGCACUACCUGUUCGAGCUGGGUGUGGUGGAGGACGUGGCCGACUUCCAGGAGGACAGCCUGGACAGCAAGCCCCUCAGCCCCUUCAGGACGUGCCUGGAGGCCCUGAAGGGCCUCUUCUGGACCACCAGCUACUGGGAGGUCUUCGCCUACAUCCAGCUGCUGCAGGGCUGGGCGCUCCUGGAGCGCCUGGACACCUACGCGGAGGGAGUGAGCCUCUUGGCCAGGGCCAUGGUGCAGUAUGACUGUGAGGUCAAGGCUGUCCUGGGCCAGGUGGUCAUCUCCCUGAAGAGCAUGGAGGAGCGAGACAACGUGGUGGCCAUCCUCCUCCUCACGGAGUUCCUCAACAGCGCGGAGGUCUUCCAGCACGCAUCCCGGAAGAAGAUGGACAUCCUCCUGAGCCUGGGCCUGGGCCACGGCAACCAGCUGGUGCGGGCCAUGAGCCUCAAGGGCCUCAGCAGCACCACCAUGCACCCCAAAAAGGUGUUCCUGCUGCGGAACCAGCUGGCCGGGCUGCUGGACAGCUUCCUGCGGCCGGACACCAAGGAUCUCACAGGCCUGAUGGAGAUCCUGGGCGACAUCCUGCACCGCCUGGGCCUGCAGGGCGCCGGCUCUGCCAGCAUCAAGCUCGCCCAGCACCUGCUGUCCUUGUUCGAGGACGAGCGGGAGGAGGUGCGCAGCGAGGCCAUCUUCCUGUUUGGAGAUGUCAUAGACAGCGGCAGCAGGAAGUUCCGGCAGGUGUUCAAGACCCUCGCCUUCCAGGCCGUGGUGCCCCUGCUCUUGCACAUGGCUGACCCCUGCCCCGCCGUGGCCGCGAAGUCCAAGUCCACGCUCCUGCGCUGCGCCCUCCUGCUCAAGUGGGAGUUCCGGAAGGAGCUGUUCGGCAAGCUGGCGUGGGGCCACGGCCCGGGCGCCGAGAAUGACAUUUUCGUCUACAUGGUGGAGAGCAACUUUGGCAAGUACCCCCAGUUCCUGCUGCAGGCCCUGGUCUACCUGAGGAGCCCACACAGGGCCCUGAAGCUGGCCGCCAUGAAGUUCAUCGGGGCCCUGCUGCAGGACUACUUCCCAGAGCUCUGCUUCUACAUGAGGAAGGGCGACCUGCCCGUCGUCAGGAGUUACUUGGAGCCCCUGGAGCAGGACCGGGACCCGGCGAGCCGCAGGUUCUACCGGAACUUCCUGGAGGACAUAAAGGAGCUGUCCCGCAGUGUGACCUGA